GUUCGUUUCAUGGGUAUUUGGAAAGGCUGGGUGAGGGAGUGAGUGAGCGAAAGGUGGAGAGUGCUAGGCUUUAAGGUUCACACUCUUUUUAGGCUGGCGGCUGACCUGAGCGUGCGCCCCCCGACGAGAACGAUUUCGACCGUGCGGAGGCUAGUGAAAGCGACUGGAAUGAGAGAAUAAUAAAGUGAGAGCUGAUUUAGGAGUAAAGGAACGACAAGCAGAGGCACCGCGGCGGUAGACACCAGCCAGACAACCGUUAGCUACGGACAGAGAGAGAGAGAAAAGGAAAAAAUUAAAAGGGGGACGGUUUGACAUUUGUGUAAAGCGCACAGAGUAACCAGAUUGUGGAAACCUUAGUACACCGGGUAUGGCAGACGCAGACGUCGACUUCCAGACAGGCGAUGCCGGGGCAUCCGCCACCUUCCCCCAGCAGUGCUCGGCGCUGCGCAAGAACGGCUUCGUGGUGCUGAAAGGACGACCCUGCAAGAUCGUGGAGAUGUCCACCUCCAAGACCGGAAAACACGGCCACGCUAAGGUCCACAUGGUUGGUAUUGACAUCUUCAACGGCAAGAAAUAUGAAGAUAUCUGUCCCUCCACCCACAACAUGGACGUCCCCAACAUCAAGAGACUGGACUACCAGUUGAUUGGGAUCACGGAUGGUUACCUGUCUCUGCUCCAGGACAGUGGUGAGGUGAGAGAGGACCUGAAGAUGCCAGAGGGAGACAUGGGCAAAGAGAUCGAAACCAAGUAUGACGCUGGAGAGGAGAUUCUGAUCACUGUUCUGUCUGCAAUGAACGAGGAGGCUGCAGUUGCCAUCAAGGCCAUGGCUAAAUAAGACACUACAGGGGUUAACAAGAUGCACUGGAUCUGAAAAAGGAGGGAAUACGGCCAUGUCAAUGCUAUUCUCUCUUUCUUUCUUUUUUUCUUUUUCGUCAACUCUCUCCCUCUCUGUACUUUCUCACCCUUCUCUGGGUAAAAUUGGAAACUAAUUUCAAUAAAUAAUUGGGAAUUGCAAA